AUGAGAUAUAACGCUCGUACGAUGGUGGCUAAUUUCAACGUUCAACUACAAGCAAAUUUUCUUCAGGUAUCAGGCGUUCGUCAGGCGUUCGUUGAAGAGUACAUCCCCGAGGAUUUGGAUCAAGUCCAAGCUGAUGAAGCACCAGAUGAUGGAAACGAAGACGAAAAUAGCGAUGAUGAAGAUUUUGAUUUUAACAGUGAUGACAACUGUACUGAUAGCGACAAUGAAAGUGAACCUCUUGGUAACGCAACGACAGGAUGGUCAGCUUUGGAUAAACGAAAUAUAUUCCUGUUGACAGACUCUAUUACAACAUCGCCGAGCUAUAGGUGCAUUACUCCUUGUUCCUCUCACACAAGACCGCCGCAUAAAGUUCCUUGGAAAACGGAAUAUGGGAAGGCUAGCAUUCUCCUUUUGUCCAAGCUGUGUUAUUUGUCAUUUUUGAAAUGUCAAAAUGCUCUCCGCAACUCUACGCGCUUUGUCCUCUUUCCGGAAUACAAGAUGACAACCAAGCUGACCAGGAGAUCCUUUUCUAUUUACGACAAUCGUAUAUUCAACCGUGCAAUGAAGAAGCACUAUACAAGUUGGACGUCCAUCAAUUGUCGUACCAAGAGGUCGCCCAAGACGAGCGGAACGGCUGAAGAAAGUGAUGAUGAGGAUGAAGAUCAUGAGCAGCCAUCGAAUAUCAAGGCGAUGUGGGUCAUAUCAUGUCGGAGCAAGCGGCUAUCCAUAGCAAUGGAUCGCCUAGAGCAUAUUUACUAUGCUGAGCGAGACAACGUAGAAAAUUCCUUGUUUGAUGAUGGCCAUGUCAUAGACGGUCGCAAUAACAGUGCUGACGGUCGCAAUAACAGUGCUAGUAACUCGGAUGAUGCUAUCGGCCAACCACCACACAUAUUUGAGCUACCGGAAAUUGUGCGGGACAGCGUUGAGGGAACAAGGGAAAUGUCACUUCAGUCAGCAAUGGCUACCUUCAAGAACACACUAUUGACACCGGAAACCCACAUGCCUCGUAUGAAAAAGGUCAGUGAUCCACCACGGCAACUUCCAGUGUCUCCUGCAGAAGUGACAGUAGUGGCUUGGGGAAAUGGUAAGAAAGGGACAGCCACCAAUGCCAAAUGA